UUUAUUGCAUGAUGAUGUUGCGCCCGACACUGGUCCUGCUGCUGGUGGUGUUGAUGCUUACCCCGGAGGAAGGGGAAGGAUGGUUAUGGGGCCGUAGGCGUCGGCCGGUCUACGUGAGAAAAACCACCAUAAACACAAACCGUUGCCACUGCAACACGGUUCAGAAGGACAUCAUCAAAUUGCUGAAGGAUUUCUUGAGAUCCAGAAAAUUGGGCAAACGAGAUGUUUCUACCUUGCUUGACGUUGAAGAGGAUGAUCCACUCCUGGAGAAAUUCAUGCAAAACUCAAUGAACAAACGUGAUGGUCUCGUUGGCACGGAGCAGUUGUUGGCGGCUGCACAGCGUGCAGCACAAGCGCCCCACAAGAGAAACAGCAACCACUGCAUGUGUGGCAGGAUGGUGUUGGAGGAAGCUACUCGCAUCAACUGAAGACGGAGAUAUGGCGGACAGUG